AUCACACUUCUCAUCUACACUCUAUCUUAUCACAACCCACGGCGCCAUCGCCCUGGCAAUUACAAGAUGCCACCCCCACCAGCUGAUGGCAAGGUGUACUCGGGGACGUACAGUAAUGUCCCCGUGUACGAGAUGACAGUGAAUAAUACCCUAGUCAUGCGCCGUCGCGCAGAUGACUGGAUUAAUGCGACCCAUAUCCUCAAAGUUGCAGACUUCGACAAGCCAGCAAGAACCCGCAUUCUCGAGCGCGAGGUGCAAAAGGGUGUCCAUGAGAAAGUGCAAGGAGGAUACGGAAAAUAUCAGGGAACAUGGAUACCACUUCAUGACGGUCGAAUGCUGGCCGAGCGCAAUGGAGUACUGGAAAGGCUGGGACCUAUUUUGGAUUACAUCGCUGGUGACAGGAGUCCACCGCCUGCUCCCAAGCAUACAACCGCUGCUUCAAAUCGACCAAAGGCUGCACGACAGACGGCAGCAGCAGCUCGACGAGCGAAUAACAAUAAAAACAACAAACAGCAAGUCAAUAACAACGCUAGCAACGCUAACAACACCAACAAUGGUAAUAAUGUGUAUUCGCUUGAUGGCAUCAAUUCAUUUAUCACCAAUUCGCAAUCACAGGUCUCGCAGAUUAGUGAAGACCCGUACGAUGAUUCCGUUCUACAGUCUCGAUCACAACACUUCCGCGACGAAACCCCUGACAACGAUACUGUUGUAUCGGAGUCCAUGUUGGGUGACCACGAUAUGAUGAAUUCGCAGUAUUCGACCGGUAGCCGUAAACGCAAGCGCGGUGUCGACCACAUGUCAAUCCAGGACCAGCAACACCAAAUUUGGGCCGACGCACUCCUGGACUACUUCAUGCUUCUCGAUUCGGAAGAAGGUUUCGUUGCCCCGCCAGAGCCACCGGCGAAUGUCAACCUGGAUAGGGCAAUUGACGAGAAGGGGCACUCCGCCAUGCACUGGGCGGCCGCGAUGGGUGAUCUGGAGGUUGUGAAAGAGUUGAUACGAAGGGGCGCACGAAUAGACUGUCUGUCGAACAACCUGGAAACCCCGCUGAUGCGUGCGGUCAUGUUCACAAACAACUACGACAAGCAGACCAUGCCGAGCAUGGUUAAGAUAUUCCAGCAAACUGUUGUACGAAAGGAUUGGUUCAACAGCACUGUUUUUCAUCAUAUCGCAGCCACGACGGCUAGUACCAACAAAUUCGUCUGCGCACGCUACUAUCUGGACACAAUAAUCAACAAGCUCUCAGAAACAUGGCUGCCGGACGAGGUGACUCGUCUGUUAAACGAGCAAGACAACAACGGAGACACAGCUGUCAUGAUAGCCGCCCGUAACGGAGCCAGGAAAUGUGUCAGGAGUUUGCUAGGACGAAAUGUGGAUGUAGAGAGACCGAACAACAAGGGAGAGACUGCGGACGACCUCAUCCGAGAAUUGAAUCAACGUCGACGGAUCAAUGGCAGGCCCCGGCAGGCAUCUUCUUCACCAUUUGCGCCACCGCCUGAACAUCGUUUGAACGGCCAUUCGCAGCUGGAUGGGCCGGGUUCUGGUCAAUUGAUUCCGGUCCCCUUCCCGAGCAUGUCACUCCGUGAACCGGUCCAAUAUCGAUCGCAGACAGCAUCACAUCUUAUGACGAAGGUAGCGCCAACAUUGAUGGAGAAAUGUGAGGAGUUGGCACUAGCAUAUGAAGCCGAACUACAGGAGAAGGAAGCCGAGUCUGUGGACGCAGAACGAGUUGUGAAGAAGCGUCAAGCAGAGCUCGAAGCCACGCGGAAGCAGGUGGAAGAACUUCGCGGAAUCAAUAACGGACUACAUAUUGACCUCGGAGAUGAUGAAGUGGACAGGGCGCAAGAAGAGGAGCUUCGAACUUUGAUCGAAGAGGCAGAAAGCUUGCUCGAGAUCGAACAGAAGACGGAGCUACGACGAUUAUGCAACAUCACACCACAACCCAACAAUUCACAAAUGGAUCUCCUAGAGAAGCUCAGACUGAGUCUGCUAUUACAUAAAGCGCAAGUGGAGCGCAGGGAUUUGGUGAGGGAAGUAGUCGCGAAUCUGUCGGUCGCGGGCAUGGGCGAGAGGCAAGGCGUUUACAAGGCACUGAUCGCGAAGGCCAUUGGCGAGAGCGAGGAGAAUGUCGAGGCCAUUCUGCCGGACAUGCUGAGGGAGCUGGAGGAGGCGGAGACGCAGGAACGCGCCGAGCGAGCGCGGGAAGGGCUCGAAGGUAGUCCUUUGUAGGCUUCAAAGACACCUUGCCCCCUUUCCAUAUCUUCCUUCUUUUCAUGGGCCGCGGUGUUUGUUGACGAAAGAGAGGGACUUGAGUAGGAUUAUACCCCCCUUUUUUGGACGGACGAUCUCUAGCUGAAGAAAAGCUGCGGAUUCUGUUUUCUCCUCUUGUAACGAUUUAUCAUAUCACUUUGUGAGCUCAAUGAAUGGCUACCUUUAUGAAAUAAUUCUUUUCAUUAUUGUAUACCAAUGUACCGAGUAGUUACGUG